ACGGCAACACGAAGACUUCCAUGUCUUUCAGUUGAGACCUUUCUAAUUCUAAGUCAUCGCUGCUUUCUCUGCUGUAUCACAAUCUAGACACUAUCAAAACCAAUACUCCCAUCCCUUUUGAUAUUCAGCAGAUAUUUGCGCUAAUCAAACAAUAUGGAUUCAAUCACCACUGGAUUCGCAGCCUCUUCUUCUACUACUACGACUCAUCAGUCGUGGACUUAUGAUGUCUUUUUGAGUUUCAGAGGUGAUGAUACACGCAACAAUUUCGUAGCCCAUUUGCACAGCAAUUUGAUCCGAAAGGGAAUCAGAACCUUCUUGGACGAUGAUGGACUCAGAAGAGGAGUAGAGAUAUCAUCCGAGCUACACAAAGCAAUUGAAGAGUCAAAAGUUUCAAUCGUUGUGUUCUCUGAAACUUAUGCUUCUUCAAAGUGGUGCUUGGAAGAACUUGUGAAGAUUCUCGAGUGUAAAGAGUCAAAGAAACAAAUGGUUUACCCUGUAUUUUAUAAGGUAGAUCCAUCGGAUGUGCGAAACCAAAAUGGUAGUUUUGGUAAAGCACUGGCUGAUCAUGAAUGCACAUUCAAGGAUCGGUUGGAGAAAGUUGUGAGAUGGAGGGAAGCUCUUACAAAAGCAGCCAAUCUUUCUGGGCUGCAUUUCUCGGACGGAGGUAAUGAAUCUAGGUUUAUUGAUGCAAUCCUGGAAGAAGUUUCAGCAAAACUAUUACACCGUACAUAUUUAAAUGUGGCGAAGUACCCAGUUGGAAUGGAAUCUCGUGUAGAAGAUAUGCUUAAACUUUUGAGUGUUGGGGGAAAUGGUGUUCAAAUGGUAGGGAUAUGGGGAGUUGGAGGAAUAGGCAAAACUACACUUGCUAAAGCAGUUUACAAUUCAGUUGCUCAUAAAUUUGAAGAUAGUUGCUUUUUGGCAAAUGUUAGAGAAGAGUCGAUGACAUCUGGAGGCUUUGUCCGUCUACAAAAGAUAUUGUUUUCUGAGAUUCUAGGGUGGAAAGAUUUUUGUCCUUCUAGUGUUGAUAGAGGAAUCACUCUGAUAAAACAAACAAUGAGCAAUAAAAGAGUGCUCUUAAUUCUUGAUGAUGUGAAUCAUUUGAACCAAUUGAACAAUUUAGUAGGAAAUCCUAAUUGGUUUGGUUCAGGCAGUAGAAUAAUCAUAACAACUAGAGAUAAGCAUUGCUUAACUGGUUACGAUGUCAAUGAAAUAUACAAGGUGGAGAAGUUAAGUCAUCAUGAAGCAUUAGAGCUAUUCAACUUUAAUGCCUUCCAAGAUCAUAGACACAAGGAAGAUUAUGUUGAACUUGUCAAGAAUGUCCUCCUUUAUGCUCAAGGGCUUCCAUUGGCUCUAGAAGUUUUGGCUGCAGACUUACGUGGUAGAGAUGUAAAUCAAUGGAAAUAUGCAUUGGACAGUUAUAGAAGUCUUCCCAAGCAAGAGAUUCAGGAAGUUCUGAAAAUAAGUUAUCAUGCACUUGAACAUUCGAUCAAAGAAGUUUUUCUUCACAUUGCUUGCUUUUUCAAAGGCAAAAGUAAGGAUUAUGUAACACAGAUACUAGAAGCCUGCGACCUCAACCCUGAGUAUGCUAUUGAUUUACUUGAGGAAAAGGCCCUAAUAGUUGUCACUGAAGAAAAAAGAAUUCAAAUGCAUGACCUGCUGGAAGAAAUGGGUCGAGAGAUAGUCUUACAAGAGUCACCAAAUGAGUCUGGUCAACGUAGCAGAUUGUGGCGUUAUGAAGAUGUGUACCACGUUUUUAUGGAAAACACAGUAAGUGAUGCAUUGAUCUAA